GUCCGCUUCACUGUUGUUCGAAGUUUGAGGCUUCUGAGUUCAGGAGACGACACGAUGGUAAUUGGAAACAGGAUCCAGCUCGUAUUCUUGGAGUUCCUUCGUAUCAAAACGCGAGUACAUGGAGAGUGUACGUGGCGCAGAGUGAGGUGCACGUUGAAGGCCUUUGAGACAAGAACCUGGGACGAUACGGACACGCAACAGUUGACGAGAGUUGAUUCGGUUACCUACUCGGGAAUUGGACAAAGGAUUCUACCAAAAGCUGGAAAAAUCUUCUCGGAACUACAACCGGAGGCAAUUCAAACAGCCGCGUCUCCCGUCGAACGUAUCUGUGUAUUUGUUCACGGUUCGGUUCGGAUGCUGCCGCGGGAUUCCAAACUAGGAAAUCCCGUCUCCCGGAAUCCGGAAGUCCUGAAUAAAAACUCCGACGAGCUGAUGAAACGGUGGAUGACGACGAUGAUGAUAAUGAGGAUACAAGGAAGUCCCAUUGUUCCUACCAAGCGAGAGUCCUUUUUCCAGGAGCACGAGGAGUAUAAGGUGCGGACGUAAGGGAACCGUGGCGAAAAUUGGGGGAGGAGAGAGAAGGGGGAGGGCGCAACCUACGCAGCAUCCUGAAGAUGGACCCAACAACUCCUCGCAAACAAACCGCGAGGCUGAGAAAUAUGGAGUUUGGUGGCAGUGGUGAGAUGUAUGACGGGGGGGAGAAAAAGGAACGGAAUGCUGUUUGAAUUUAAUACG